UAUAGGUUUUUUAUCCAAAUUUCUCUUAACAAAAUGUGGAGCUCUUUGCGCACAAUGUCCCACUUUGGCGUCACUGUAGAAAUGUGUAAAAUUUGCAUUUUGGGAGCAAAUGGUGGCAUAGGACGGCAUUUAGCUCUCAAUUUGAAACUCAAUAAAUAUGUUACCGAUCUGGCGCUCUACGAUAUCGUUAGUUGUAAUGGCAUUCGAGAGGAUUUAUCACAUAUUGAUACGAACAGCCGAAUAACUGACCAUUCUGGUGGUGAAAAAGCUUUAAUUGAUUCCUUGAAAUGCAGCAAUAUUGUGGUAGUAUUGGCUGGUCAGGCUCAUUCCCCCAAAUUUAAUUCCAGAGAGGCCAUGUUCGAUGCCAAUGCAGAAUUGAUGUUAAAUUUUAUGAAUGCAAUAGCAAAGGCCUGUCCUCACAAUAUGCCUUUUAUACACAUCGUUACAAAUCCGGUCAAUGCUUUGGUGCCUUUAUGUGCGGAGUACUUGAAGAAUCUGGGUUUCUACAAUCCCCGUAGGCUAAUUGGCUCCACUUCGGUUGACUCAAUGCGAGCAUGCACCUUUCUGGGCCAGUUGGUGGACUGUGAUCCUUCAAAGCUUAUAGUACCUGUGGUGGGAGGUCAUUCUGCCGGCAGUAUUACGCCUUUGGUUUCACAAAGUAAACCCUCAUUUGGAUUGAAUGCCAAAGACCAGCAGCAACUAGAAGAUCGUAUUGUUCAUGGUGCGGGAGAAGUGGUUCAAGCUAAAAACUCUCAUGGGGCAGCUCAAUUGGCGAUGGGCCACUGUGUGGCUAAAUUUUGCAAUUCAAUAUGUCGUGCCAUUUAUGGUGCACAAAAUGUGGUUGAGGUGGGUUAUGUGCCGUCUGAUGUAAAUGAGUUGGCAUUUUUCGCCUGUAAUUUCUCUGUGGAUAGCGAAGGUAUCAAGGAGUGUCACAGGCUGCCGCCCAUGUCGGAAUAUGAAACUGAACUUUAUUGUAAAGCGGUUAAGGAUGUGCAGAACAAUAUCGACAAUGCCAAAGAGUUUUUAAGGAAAUAUAAAAAGGAGAAAACUUAAAUUCAAAUUUUAAAACUAAUAAGGAUCCAGAAUUGGAAACUGAGUCAAGAUUUUGAAUGAAUAUUUCAGAAAACAAGCGUUAAAUCUUUUUAGUUAAAAAAAUGUUUAUUAAUUUUUGUAUUAAUUAAAACAAAAUUAGAUUAGUUACAAUUUAAAAUACCCAUAAAUUAUUCAGAAAAUUGUUAAUCUCCUCAUUUCUGAUCCUUCUUACUCUUAGCAUAUUGUAUGCCCUGCUCUAUGCUCUCUUUUAGCUCGGGUAUGGCCUUCGU